AAUGCUGUAUCAAUUCGUUGGCUGGGAGUGAGUCAGCAUUGGAGAGAGGUACUUUCUCAUAGAGACGGUGAUUCUGCCUAGGCACCUGCUUUUGGCUUAAAAACAUUGCAAAACACUUUACAUGAACCGUGGGACACCUGCAGAGAAGGGUGAAGUAACCAGGAAGUGCCGUUGCUAUAUCUGUUUUGGGGGUGGGGCCAGCAGGAAUCUGGAAACACCCGCCAUUUACUUAGGGCUAACCACAUGUAUUAGUUAAUGUGAUUUUUGAAAUGCUGGUGUUUAUCUAAAGCUGGAAUGCUUGUAUUUGAAUGUUACACAGUACAGCUGUUUUAAAAGUAUCUGCAUUUUUUUUUUUUUUUUUAAAGGUAUUUCACAAAAAAAGCGAACAGGAAAUAUGCAGGAAGGAGAGACGGUUACAGUGCAUUGUCUGUGUUGAUUCAGUAGCAUGCUUUCUCUGGAUAUUUUUUUUCUCGGGAUAAUACAUUGAAAAAGUUUAGCAUUGGAGCUACAACCCUGAAAAGAAACUGCAGAGAGCUGUGGAAACUCAUUUUCCCAUGGGGGAGGCCUUUUUAAUGUACAAAAUAAUCCUUCUAUGUUUUUAAAAUUUACCUGGAUGUAUCUACUUUAUACAAGUAUGGGAAACAAAACGUUUUGCAUGUGGACAGUGAUAUCUCCAGCACCUGCUUCUGUUUGAAACUGAAAUCAGACAGAUGAGUUCUAACCUGCUGGGCUUUUCCACCAAAAUUCUAAUGUGAUUACAUUUUGGACUUCACAGCACGGCGCACUUUCAAUCGAAAUACCUUUAUUAAAUUGCUCCAUUGAUACUAAACGUUACAUGACAUUGUGGCCACUUAGCACCUAUUUGAAAACAUGCAGUUUAAAAAAGAUAGUUAUAACAUAUAGGGGACAAUCUAAAGUGCGUCAGGACAUUCGCAUUAUUGCUCUAAAACUGAAUGAGAUUUCGACAUGUAGACUGUUGCUUUGCUACCGGGCUGCCUUCUAUGCCUGCUUCAAGGACCUUUCCAACAGUGCUACAACAUCAAGCAAGACUUGUGAAGUGCCUGAUCAAAGGAUAUUGGAAAGCAAGAAAAUUCAACAGAACUUUAAUACUGUGACUACAUUUUUAUAAUUUACAAUAUUCCUGCAUUUCUAACACUUCUUCUGAAGUGUCUGAGUGAAGUGAUUUUUUAGAUGCUUCUCCUGAAAUGGUGAUGUAUGGCGUUGCGCACCCAUUUGCUUUUAAAGAUGUAAUACAGCUUUAAGAGAGAACUCUGGAGGCAAGACAGGAAACCAACUAUACUAGUGUUGUGCUUGUUUGAGUUGAUUUUUUAUGCAAAUAAUCUGUAUUUUCCUUGCCUUUGCUUUAGGUUAAAAAGAUCGCAUGCGUUUUGUUUAACAAUUAUUUUUGAAAAUCUUUAUCCAUUCUCUUUCCUCCAGGGCAAAGUUAUUGAGUUAUAGGUUAAUAUUAACCAAGGAAUAGGUUAACCUUUAAUCGGCUUAUAUCGUAAGAACUCACUGGCACAGAGUAUGUUCUAAAGGCUUUUGUUAAUUAACUAAUCUGGGAUUAUAUAAGGAAUUUGAACUUUCACAUUCCCUUUUAAGAAAACAAAGCAAAACCUUUAAAAUUGGUCUGUAACUUUUAUUUAUUUAAACCAACAUGACUAUGAAGGCUCUGGAUUUCAAAUUUAAAUGAACCAUUGCUUUUGUAGGAACUGGAAUUUUGGAAUUGGAAAAUUAAGAAUGGAAAUAUUUCUUAUUGAGACCUUACUACUCUCUCCCUGGUUUUCAAAACAAGUGGGAAAUCUUGCAUUAUUUGCUACAUAGAUCUGCAAAGAUAGCAAAACUUGGAACAGAAACGAAAGUAUAUCAGGAAUAUGUCACAGAAACCACACUUGCUUGUGAGAAACUUCAGUGGUCAUGACUUACAAAAAGAAGUCAACAAGGAGUUUUCCAAGGAGAAAACUAAACAAAAAAAACAUGGAAGUCUUUUUUUAAUAUGAAUUAAAAAGCCAGAAAGCAGCUCUUGGUCUCGCUAAUGGAAGGAGCUGUUAGUAAAAGCAGGUGCCUUCUCAAAUCAUUUUGAACACGCCCCCUAUCAUCUCCGCCUAGUUUCACAGUACAGAGCGGGUGGGAACAUUGAGUCUCACACACUCUGUUACAGGCACAUGCAGACUUGCACAACCUCUUACUGUAAUCUCUGGAUAUCUAUUAGUUGUUGCUGAAGGAACUCUGUGGGAAAAUGAUGGAAGAGGUGUCCAUAACGGUGGCCUAUGACGCCCAUGUUUUUAGCCAGAUUUAUGAAGAGGACUUCUUUGCAAAAAUGGUGGCUGUCUCUAAACCCAAGCCAGUGGUGCCGACUAAGAAGCUGAAGAAAUAUAAGAAAGAAUACCAAGCCAUGCGGGAAAACCAGCUGCAACAGGAAGACCCUGUCGACAGGUAUAAGAGAGAGAACCGUCAGCUUCAAGAGGCAAGCUUGCGUCUGGAACAGGAAAACGACGACCUGGCAUAUGAGCUCCUCACUAGCAAGAUUGUCCUGCGCAACGAUUUGGACCAGGCUGAGGACAAAGCUGAUGUGCUGAAUAAAAAACUUUUCCUCACUAAGCAGAAGCUGGUGGACACAGAGGAUGAGAAGAGAAGGCAGGAAGAAGAGACGGCACAGCUCAAAGAAGUUUUCCGGAGGGAAUUGGAAAAAGCAGAUUUGGAGAUCAAGAAAACUACAGCGAUCAUCGCUGAAUACAAACAGAUUUGUUCUCAUCUGAGCACCAGGCUGGAGAAGCAGCAGGCUGCCAGUAAAAAAGAGCUGGACAUUGUGGAGAGGAAGGUGAUGGGGUGUGAGCGCUGCAGCGAGGUGUUUUGUAAAGAGGGGAUGCCCCGGCUCCCCUCAGUGAGCCAGGACAACCGGGACCAGGACAUGGAUGAGGAGAAGGACUCUCUGAAGAAGCAGCUUAGAGAGAUGGAGCUGGACCUGGCUCAGACCAAACUGCAGCUCGUUGAAGCCAAGUGCAAGAUCCAGGAGCUCGAACACCAGAGAGGAGCCCUGAUGAAUGAGAUCCAAGCAGCCAAAAACUCCUGGUUUAAUAAAACUGUGAACUCUCUGAAAACUGCCACAGGGACCCAACCACCACCACCCAAUCCAACCAAAGAGGGCAUGUAGCUCCAAACAGCGCAGUGAGCUAUGGGACAAUUCCAAACAGCAAGCCUUGAACAAGCUUCCCAGACACCGUGUGACAAACGGAAAAGAAGAUUUCAGUGCUCAUUGACACAAGGAAGACUUUCAAACACUGCAAUGCAGUAUCUCCUUUCUCAGGCAGAACUGAUUAUAUACACACUGGUCUUUAGAUAAUUCAGGUACAGAUGAACCACUGUAUUCACGGGUUAGGAAACCACAAAGCGAUGCCAACCUGAGUAGUUUUAUGUAAAUACCCAGCCCACCUGACAGCUCCUUCAGAUUAUGGAAGACUGGGGAAGACGAUGGGAAAUGGGUCAAGAAAAUUAAGUUCUUUUAGUUUGUUACUCAAUGGAUGAACAGUAAUUGUGCUGUUAUGUUGUAAUGAGAAUUUUGGAAAUUUGACUAGCAGUCUUCAAAACAAAUGUCUUUCUAUUUUAUAUUGAAAAAUUAUUUUCUUUAAUUUUUCCACAAUUCAGUACUACUGAGUGUUAGUAGGAUGCAAUCAGAAUUUGAAUGCUUCUAGAAAUAGAAGAAAGUCUAUAUUCCAGAAGAAUUAUGCUAGCAAUAAAUGUAUAAACAAAUAGGAACACUGAAAAGUAUUCACUUUUUCUUGGUUUGAAAUGUCAGCUGAAGGCUGGUAUGGAAAUUGAAAUAUACAAAUCUUCCUAUUCAAGUAGAAUUGCAUUGCCCUAUUAACCCCCUCUAGACCAGAGUAUUGAUCCUGGUUAGGACUAAUAGGGUACCAUGCAUUUUACGUAAGAGUGUUUGCCUAGGUAGCUAGCAUUGCAUCUCUGUGAAUGUCAUAGUUUGUUCACUAUGUGAUCUGGACUUCAACAGUGCCCCCUGUUGGCAGUAUUUACCCUAUUGUUAUACUGUAAUCUUUGCAGAGAUAGAAAGAGGUUACUAUCUUAACUCUAAGAAAGCAACAAGCGGUGGUAAGUAUACUGAAGUCUUGUUUAUAAAUAUAGGCAAAGUCCUAGAUAGCAAUAAAUACUCAAAAUAUUGUUUAACAAAGUAGAGCUCUGCAGCAUUUAGGUUCUGAGGUGCAGUGUUUCACUAUAGUGAUGUGAGGGCAUUGCAGUCCUUUAUGCAGUGAAAGGGGAUACUGCAUCUACGGUGUUGGUGUUGCACCAUGUUUGGUGCGUACCUUAACAAAUUAUAUUUAUCAUUUUAUUUAGAUUUUUUUUUUUUU